AUGGUGAUGCCGGAUCUUCCGACGGAAUUAGAAGAGGAAAUACUCUCUUGGGUUCCGGCAGCAUCUCUGAAACGCUUACUAUCUUCUUGCAAACGAUGGAAAGCUUUACUCAAAGACCAAAGAUUCACAGAGAAGCAUUUACGUAGAGCUCCAAAACAGCCUCUAACUCUCAUGUUGAAGAAAUAUAGGCUUUGUCCAAUGAGCGUCGAUCUCAACGUUGUUCCUCCGACUAUAGAGUUUAAAGAUGCACUGAGGCUAAAGGACUCCCAUUCUAAAAACUCAAAACAAGUCCGUAUAGCCGAAGUUUAUCACUGCGACGGUUGGUUGUUAUGCAUCACCAAGGACAAUAGACCCGUGGUGUGGAAUCCGUGUUUAGGGGAACCUAAGUGGAUCCAACACAAGAAUGAGUACAACAAACUCUGUAGGUUUGCUCUUGGAUACGAAAGCAACCAAUCUUGCCGCAUCUACAAAAUCUUGAUGUCUUUUAGAGGAAAACAAAAUGUAUAUGAAAUAUAUAGCUUCAGCUCUAAUUCAUGGAGAGUUGUUAAUGCUCCCAACCACUGCUUCAGACCAUUAUACGUUGGCGUGUGUUUAAGGGGAAGUACCUACUGGAUUACUCUUGAUGAUGACACAGACCUUAUCGGCUUCCGGUUAGCCCCGGUAGGAACGCACAUAAGUGCUACAAAGUGGACUCAUCCUAUGGACUACCACACUGCCUAUCCCGAGUUUGGAAUGCCUUCCGACUAA